UAAAAUAAUAAAUGUUAAUGUUAUUGCUAUAUGAAAUAUGAACAUACAUGACGUUAGGCAGAAAAGUAAUUAUUUGUUUAGAGUAUGCAUGUAAUAAAUAGAUUAGGAUUUAUUAUACAUAAAAAGAUAUGAUUUAAAUUAUGAACAUAUUUAUGAAAUAAAAUUUUAUAUAUAAAAUUACGUCGGGUAAGAUGUAAUAUAUUGUAUUAGCACGGUUUAGUCGUCAACUGUGAUCGAUGCUAAGUCAAAAUUCAAAAUAUCCUACGUAUUUCCAUGAAAUAAUGUUUUAGUUUUAUUAAUAAAAUGUUUACAUUUUAAGCUAUUUCUUCCAUCUUCGAAUUACAAGAUUGCAGCAUCCGCAGUGUUUCGUUUAGUGUAAAUAUUACUAAUUCUAAUUUCAGUCCAUCAGUUAUUAUUAAUAAUGAAUUAUUAAGUGGGAUGUAAAUUUAAUUUGGAACAUACAUUCAAUAUUUGAUUUGAAACUAAUUGCCUUGAAAAAUAAAAUUCAAUGAGGACACAAAAAUUAACUAAACAAUAAUUUGAGAUCUAUAGAUUUAAUAUAAAUAUUAACUUAGUAGAAACAAGCAUGAUGCUAAUUUGAAUUUUGAGGCCAGGGUCGACUAUGUUUGCCAAUGACGUCAUAAGUGAACAUACCUUAUGAAAUAAAGUGCAUAGCUCGACGUUAGUGCGCUUGCGCAGCGAAUCUAUGCACAAUAUUUUCUGUCUCUGUCACAUAUCCAUAUCACAAAUCGGAUUUCCACUAGUGUCGUCGUCUGGAAAAUUGUUGCCUCUCUAUGUUAGAGACCGACGAAAGAGAGAAAGAAAGUGAAAAGAGAAAAAUCAAGGCAUCGUAGCGCGCGUGCGUUAUUUAGCGUUCAAUGUAAACGACGCCUGUAAAAAAAGAAAGAAAGUAAAGCCACAGUAAUCUAUACGUCAGUGCUGUAACACGCUGUGACGAUGGAUUUUUGGUUGUGAGGAACGUUGAAUGUGUGAGGAGCGGCGCCGAGGGAAAAAUGAUGAGAGGCAGCAGUACACCGACGGCGGCGGCGAUGGGGAAAGGGCCAAUGAGUAUUCGAUAGAAAAAGAAAAAAAAAUUAUUCAUCACGAUGCAACAAGAAGGUACGCCGAAGUUUCUCAAGUUCCACCAGGGCAGCGUUCGAGGUGUUGCAUUCAGUCCACGGGAUAGAUACCUUUUCUGCUCAGGCGGUUAUGAUGGGAAGGUCAAUCUAUACUCGGCCUUGCGAAUGGAAUUACUCAGAUGUUACCAGAUAACGCCAAUGACACAAGUAAAAAAUGUUAACGCUGUGCGGUUUACCUCGGAUGGAUCCAGAGUACUAGCAGCAACAAAUACACGAAGACUAGUCGUAGUAGACGUGGAACGAGGCGAGCAGUUGCUAUCUUACGAUAACUGCGCUUUCGGAGGUAGAGAUAGAACUGGCUUGGCAACUGACCCUUCAGGACCAAAUUUAGCUGUCUCCGUAGCUGUGAAUGGUAAAGGUCUGACCCUCGUCGACCUACGGAUGCCACUGCCCUUAGAUUUUGUUUACGAUUUACAUGGAUCGAUUAUUAGGGAUAUUUGUUUUUUGCCUGCUUCGUGGCCCUGGCAAAAUUCUAUUUUGACUGGUGGUACUGACGGUACGUGCAAGGUCUCAUCACCUGAUGGACGUGUACUUUAUGCUUUUCAAACAGGACACACUAUCAAUUCUGUUUGCAUAACUCCUGAACCAUACUGCCGAAAUGCUGAAGAUGGAUUUUACAGUUUGAUUAUGUGCGGUGGAGAUCUUGUAUCGGCCUACGUUCCCGAUUCUGGUAUCCAGGAGCUUCUGAAAGAGCACAAAGACUGCCCAGUUUGGAAACUGCGCUAUACCUCGAACGGCAGUACAUUGUACUCUGUUUGUGACGGUGGUAUUCUCAGAAGGUACCGACGAUAUCCUGACAGACACGAAUACCUCGGCGAAGUAUAUCGUCACAAAAGCGAUAUUCAAGACUUAGAUAUUUCUCCGUAUGAUGAAUACAUUGUAACUGCCUCAAAAGACCGAAGCGUGGGAGUCCUGUUACUCGGUCCACCGAACCACGGCUUCACUGAGUACACAGAACUCACUUGAUGGAAGGAUACUUCACAAUUCCGUCCCCAUGCACAGAACGCUUUUUAUUUAAGCGGUCGAAGAUUACAAUCGAUACGAUAAGGUCUUUACGCCAGUUUUUUUGUGGUAUAGACAGUGGAGUUAAAGACGCUGUUACUGCUGAAAGUUGGCAGAGACUUAUUUAUAUUUUGUACAAAGUUUAAAAAUAUUGUUACUGUUAUUAUUUUACAGAAAUGUUUAUGAGAAGAAAAAAGAAGUAUAUUAUAAAAAAAUAUAUAUGAAGCGAACAGACAGACGUGAGAAAUGUAUGCGAAAGCAAAUUAGUCGUAAUGUUGCAUGAUAUUCAUGUAUCUUUUUCUUUGACAAGAAAGUUUGCUUUUACUGUCAAUUAUUAUUUCUUUAACCAAAUAUUAAUUAACUAUUUAUUUUUAUUAACCUGACUUAUAAUGUUUUUUUUCUUUUGUUGAUGGAAAUUCCUUUGAUCUCAUUUCAAGUUGUUUGAAAUAAGGGACGUAUUAAAAAAUUUAGUUAAUUUAAGUUUUCUUUUAAUUUUAUUCGUCGUUUUGAUUAACAUGAAGUUCUUGUCUUUUUGCGGUUCUCUGUGAUGUUAAGAAACGAGUGUUUCUUGUCGAAUAGGCAAUAUGUAAUCACAGUGAGUUAUAUAUAAAGUAAUAAACAAAAGAUGAAAGAACAUUCUGACUUGUGAUUGCAUCCCUUAUGUUUAUGUUUCAAAAUAAAGA